UAAUUAAGUUGACACGCAUGUUGAACGACAGUGAAUCUUAGCAAUUAGAACGCGGAAUAAACGGCUUCCACAUAUAAUCAGAAUUUCUAUCGGUACACAGUUUUCCGUUGCAAAAAAAUAACCUGAUUAAUUUAAUAGUGAAACUGCUCGUGCAAAUGAUACAAUCAGUAUCACGGCAUUAUCAAACAUAUAAGCUUGUUAGAACAAAGUUUCAAAGUAAAUUUGCUUUUAAUGAUAAAUGUGGAAGUAAUGACGUGCAAUGAAAUCCUCUUGAUAACCGUAUGACCGUAUUGUUAAGGAAUUACGUGUCUUGCAUCUAAAAAAUAUACGUCAGUGCACCUUUUGAUUGCGGCAAUGAAAGAUCGGUUUACAAAUGUGUCACGACGGAAUAAAUUCUCUAAAUCACUAGGAAACUUCUGCAAAGCCACAGCUUUGAAACGUCAGAUUAUCCCAGAUCGCGCGCGUAUUCCAAGAGAACCGAAACUAUCCGCUCUGAAACGCAAUCAGCUUAACUCCGAAACGCAAUAAAUCCCUUUGACGCAUCGCGUGCUUGUUGUUCCCGUUACUGAAUCGCCGAAAGCGCGCGAUUAAGACCCCGGAUCGAUCGAUUCCCUUUUUCGCCGGUGGAAGCGAAAAGGUUGACGUAAAAGCGUACCCUUCGAGGGCCAUCCUUCACCAAUUCGAUAAAAAAAAAAAAAGCGAAGAUAAAAUUCCUAUGGCCCACAUGUUUCUCUAUACUCGACGCUAAUGGGUUUCGACGAUGGCGAACAGAACUCGGAUAAAUCGAGUCGUUCAUGGAGGCCGAUUGAGCGGUUCAACUCGAUGCUUGACAUUUUCUCGCGACAAUUAACAACUGUAUCGUCUGUCAUCGCGGUUUGUUUGAGAACGCGCGUAUACAUCGCAUACGCGCGAGACGUGAGAUAAGCCGCGGUGAAUCUUCGUAUGGGUUCGUACGGACAAAAAUACCGCGGUGCGCGCUGCCGAGAUAAUGGAGAAUAUCAUGCAGGAGAUAAGAAAACAAGAGAGGCACUAGGAUCUCCUCUCCGUGGACCACGAAGCGCAUCACCAUAGUAGGAACGACGAACGACCGCCUGUUGCUCGUUACCAGUCAGCGAAAGAAGACGCAGCGGGCCUUCAAUCAUUAUUUCCCAGGCGUAGUGGUACUUAAUGUGUACCAGUUUAUAAUUAACGACAGUCGGAUUAAGGCCAAUUGGACGCGAAGACGGUCGUGAGUCGUUUGUAGCCAUGGCGCUGGAGCUGAUUAUAAAGUAACGGAUAUAUUAGAUCGGGAUUGAUUGAACCACAUCGAUAAGACGCGGCUGACUCUGCGUCCAACGCGGUUUCGAUUCCCAGAAGUUACCAGUGUUUAGCUAGUCGCGGUCGAUGGAAGUGCUAAGCGAAUAGCCGUUGAAAAUUACAGUUGACAACUAGUCGCUUAAUUGCGACACCUUGGUGUGUGUGUCGUUAAGUAGAUACGGAAAUAAGAAAACACAUCAAUGAGAUAUUAAAAUAAAAAUUAAACUAAUUAUUUUUCGGACUGUCGAAGUUAAAUAUUUCGUGUGAUCGCGAUGAGCACGCAGGCGAUAAUAACCUUCGAGCGGUAAUAUUUCUUUGAAAUAAACUUUAGAGAUAUAUAUGAGUAUAUAUGAAACAAGGACGCUUCUUGUAAAACACAAUGAAGUAAUAUUGUUGUUGUAUGAUAUCUGCCGAUAUUUGUUUAGACUGUGAACUGAAGUGAAAAAAAUAACAAAAACAUCCGUGCCGACUCACAUUGGCUUUAUUUCGAUAGCUUUUGAAAAAUAAGAGAGAGAGAGAGAGAGAGAGAGAAUUGUAAUAAGUAAAUGUUAACAGCUAUAAGCCGCGCGUCGCCUGAAUAGCGACUACGAGUGUUUUGGGAAAACUCAGUGAGCACCAGUCAGAAAGGAGCGACACUGCCGAUCACAUUCCCACCGUAUGUGUUCCAACCGUAUUGUUACCAACUGAAAGUAUCGAUACCCGUGUGACCUAAAAUUAAGGGUAUUCAAUAAAGCUCGGGGAAACUACUUGUUGGAUUCGUCGUUGAAGGCUGAAGCUUCGGAAACGCCAGAAGAAAUAGGGCACCCGUUCCAUUUUCGUCUCACAUGGCUACGACCACAAAUAUCGACGUGCUAAAGGAGGCGGGACCAAGGAGGGAAACUGUGCCGCAAGACUCGUCUUCCCAGGACAAGCGCCACGACGAACAAACGACGAGGCGCGAACGGACACAAUGGAGGCAAUGGCUGGCGUGCAUAUCAGCGACUCUAUCCAUGGUAGCGGUCGGCACCGUCUACGGAUGGACCACCACGUCGCUCUCGCGGCUCACAUCUGGCGCCGGCGACGUCCCAAUGAAGAUAACCGACGACGAGGGUUCGUGGAUUGUGUCGCUGACGGUGAUCGGCUCAAUGAUCGGCCCGUUCCUCGGUGCCAGUCUCGCCGACAGAUACGGUCGUAAAAAGUGCCUUCUGUUCGCCAGCGGUUUCUUCAUCGUCGGCUGGACAGUCGUCUUCUUCGCCCAGACCGUCGUCGCCCUCUACAUCUCUAGGGUGAUUCUCGGCAUUGGGGUGGGCAUCUCGUACACCACCAAUCCGAUGUACGUGUCGGAGGUCGCCGACGUCGAGAUCAGAGGCGCCCUCGGCACUCUGAUCGCCGUGAACGUGUUCACCGGUUCUCUACUGACGUGCAGUAUCGGUCCGUGGGUAUCGUAUCAAGUUCUGACGGCCGUACUCCUCGCGGUGCCCAUAAUUUUCGUGAUAUGCUUCUCCUGGUUCCCCGAGACUCCCGCCUUCCUCGCGACCAGGGGUCGCAGAGCGGAAGCCACCAGGUCCCUGGCAUUCUUCAAAGGGAUCCGCGAUCGCGACGAGGCGAGGAGAGAACUCGAAUACACUUUACGUAAUGUUUUUAUCGAAGAUGUUUGCGACAACACUCCAGUGACCGGUCCCGGGGCACGAACGGAGCCGGUUAAGCGCAGCUGGAUGGCCAAGUUAAAGCUGAUGCUGUUGCCUAGCAACGCCCGAGCUCUCGGCAUCAUACUCAGUCUAAUUGCGACGCAGCAACUUAGCGGAAACUUUAGCACUAUACAGUAUCUUGAAGUGCUCUUCAAGAAAGCGGCGAUCGGCAUAGAUUCCAACGUGGCCACGAUACUCGUGCUCGCGGUCGGACUCAUCUCAUGCGGAUUAUCAACCGCGACGGUCGAAGGCGCGGGCAGACGUCCGCUACUGAUCGUCUCCACCCUGGGUUCCUCCGUUACUUUGGCGAUUCUUGCAAUAUAUCUCAUGAUGGACGCGAGGGGCGUCGACGUGUCAGCGGCAAAUCUUCUUCCGGUGAUCGAUGUAAUCGUCUUCCAGGUGGUCUUCCAGAUCGGUUUGGGUACUCUACCAAACGCGCUGAUCGGCGAAUUGUUCCCCACUGAGGUGAAGGCGUUCGCCGGUGCGAUCGUCAUCCUUUUCGACGGCAUGCUUGGCUUCAUCGUGUCGAAAUUGUAUCAGGUAAUCGGCGACUGGUUGGGCGCCGAUACCGUCUACUACUUCUUCGCGGCGUCGUGCUUACUGGCGUUCGUGAUGGUGAUAUUCACCGUGCCUGAGACCAAAGGUCGGACGUUCCGUGAGAUUCAGGAACUUCUGAAAAGUGGCGAGAAGAAGACGGUGGCCGCCGAAUCGCAGGAGCGAAGUAACAUGGCAUGACAAAGAGAAACGUGUCGCACCUCUUACUGGACACGGUGCGAACUCAUUUACGAGAUAAUGUCAUCGAACGUUCUUUUUAAAAUGACGGACUUUGAAACGGCGAUUACUUACUCUCAACUGUACAUAAAACAUAUGUUUGCGAGCUUUUCAAGCAACAAAGAACGGAUCGCAAAGGUGAAAUCGCCUUUGCCCCGCGGUUUGUAUUUACCACGGUUUUUCUCAUACCUGCCAUCGGGAAAUAAAGUGGCUUUUAUUAAUACCGUUUUUACCGCGUAUAAAUUCAUCCCGAUAUAGAUUUCAUUCGUGUUCCUUCAACUGUAAGUAUUUUUCGCCUGCAGUAUUCCCAAGAUUAUAUUGUCGUCGUAAAAUUCACCAUUUAUAUUUAUUAAAACUUCGCUAUAAAAACUGUCUUUAUAUAGCGCUUUUAUCAUUUCCCUUUUUUUCGCUCCGGAUGUUAGGCGGAUCGGAUAUUUAACGGGACGUCAAGACUUCACGAGUUUCUCGUGCAUACAAGAUAAAAUAUUUAAGUAAGGAAAAACUAUGUGAGAGAGAAAUGGAAAUAAAAAGAACUGGCAAGUAAAAAUUUCUAGUAAACACGCCGCAUCUCUUAUACAGCGAGCGUAAAAAUCAUAGGCGACGGUUAAACAUUGAGAUGAAGAGAGAGGGGGAGAGAAAAAGACGCUUGAAAAAUCGCGAGAAUGUUCCGCAAUAAAGAAGAAAAAGAAAAUGUAAUGGGAAACCUCCAGAGUUCCGGUAUUGUCGAGAGAGAGAGGCGACUUUAACGUUUCCAUAACCGACUGACUAAACAUACAUUUUCGCACAUGUUUUGUAUAUUGUUUUAUAUUAAAUAUUCUGUUAAAUGUAAUUUAUUAUAAAUACAAUUUUCAUGAUAUUCUUUCAAGCAAAGCAAUCAGUAAAGCAAUCAUCUAUAUCUGCGCCAUUACGGUAAGAAAAUAUACGUUUAUACAGCCGCAGAACUCAUUUGUAAACGUGACGCAAUCCUCGCGCGAUGCUUUUUCCCCGAUAAGUUUAAGUCAAAGUCGUAAAAAUUUCAAUUUACGAAACAUCCGGUGUAUAAGGAAUUCGCACGCAACCUAGCCUCUUGCGCGACAGUGCGGCAGACAAAAUAUAAAAACAGUAAUUUUUUGUCAACCGAGCGCGUAUUCUAAAAUCUAAAUCUAAAACAACGAAUUGGCAGCUAUCAGAUUUCAAUCGUGUUUUCUGUGUAAACAAACAUAUACGCACGCACCAUCUUUUUGCAUGUAGAAUGAAAAACAAAUGUUUUAUUGUAAAUAUGUCAGAAUGUUGUUCGCAACAAAUACAAACAUUCCUUAAAUCGA